AUGGUAUCAGCACUUCAGAUCCAUGUAAGCGGUAUCAAAUCAUCGGUCUCAUUUAGUCCCGUUACCAAACAAACCACAAGGGUUAGUAGGAUCAGAUGUUCCGCCAGCACACCGAAGAAACAGUACAACAUUGCCGUCCUCCCCGGUGACGGCAUCGGCACAGAAGUCACCCCCAUUGCCAUCGACGCUCUCCGCCUUGCCGGAUCUCUCGAAGGAAUUGAGUUCGUGUUUAAGGAGAUGCCAAUCGGUGGCGCGGCUAUUGAAGCCACCGGAGUUCCGUUGCCAGAAGAGACUUUAAAGUUAUUGGAAGCUUCGUCUUUGAAGAGACAUUUAGCGGAAGGGGUUGAUCUUAUGAUCAUCAGAGAAAUCGGUGGAGGUCUAUAUCAGGGAGUGCCAAGAGGCUUCGGAAUCAACACGCUAGGCGAGGAAACCGGUUUCUGCACCGAGAUUUAUUCCAAGGGAGAGGUUGAUCGUGUCGCUCGUAUUGCAUUUGAUAUGGCGGUACAACGACGAGGCAAAGUUUGUUCAGUCGACAAAUCUAGCGUCUUGGAAUCGUCGAUGUUGUGGAGGAAAACAGUGAUGGCAUUAUCGACAGAGUAUCCAAAAGUGGAACUAAUGCAUAUGCUAGUGGAUACAUCUGGCAUGGAGCUCGUUCGAUGCCCCAAACAAUUCGAUGUACUCUUGACAUCGAACGUCUUUGGAGAUAUCUUGUCGGAUGUUGCUUCAGUGAUCAACGGCGGCAUUGGAAUGCUUCCCUCAGCCUGCAUUGGAGGACCAGGACCACAACUGUUCGAACCUGUUCAUGGUUCAGCUCCUGACAUCGAUGGAGAGGACGUAGCAAAUCCGUUGGCUGCGGUUCUCACGGCAGUGAUGCUUCUAAGAUACGGUUUGAAGGAGGAAGCGGUGGCGAAACGCAUAGAAAACGCUAUUUUUGAUAUCCUAGAUAAGGGAUUCAGAACCCGUGACAUUGCCACUGUGGGAAAGAAAAUUGUGGGAUGUAAGAGAAUGGGAGAGGAGAUAUUGAACUCACUCUAUGUCAAAUCUCCGGCGUCUUUAUGCAACUAG